UUCUUGAUUUUACACGCCCAAUCUAUGAGAUGAUUAGGGUUUGUGACACCGACAAAUCUUCCUUGCAUUUGGUUUAUGAAAGAUGGGACAUUAUGGUUCAAAAGGUGAAAGAUGCCAUCUACAAGAAAGAGGGUAAACUAGAUUAUGAACAAUCUACCUUCUUUAAUGUAGUUAAAGGGAUUCUUAGUAGUCGUUGGAGUAAGGGUAGUACUCCACUUCAUUCAUUAGCACAUUCUUUGAAUCCAAGAUUUUACACGGAAGAAUGGCUUAAUGAGGUCCCGGGACGAGUUGCUCCAAAUGCCGACAAUGAAAUUUCCACACAAAGAUUACAAUGCUUUCGAAGGCUUUUCCAAAGUCCCGAUGAAAGAUUCAAGAUCAACACGGAAUUUGCAAUAUUCUCACAAAAAUCAGAGGGGAUCUUUCUCAACAUUGAUUGCAUGCAUGAUAUGGCUUUGAUGGAUGCUAAAAAUUGGUGGGCAACUUAUGGUUCCCAAGUGCCUAUGCUUCAAGGUUUGGCUUAUAAGCUAUUAGGUCAACCUUCUUCCUCUUCUUGUAGUGAAAGGAAUUGGAGCACCUAUAAGUUUAUUCAUUCUUGCACUAGAAAUAAGCUUACUCCUAAACGUGCUCAAGACUUGGUAUACAUUCAUAACAACCUUCGAUUACUUUCUAGGAGAAGUGAAGAAUACACUAAGGGGAGAUCUAAGUUGUGGGAUGUGGGUGGAGAUGAGCAUGACAACCUAGGAGAGGUUGGUAUUCUAGAGAUGGCCGAGCUCUCACUUGAUGAACCCGAGAUGGAGAAUAUGAUUUUUGAUGAUGUACUUGGUGAUGGUGAAGAAUGAAACUAUUAGUACUUUUGUUUAUUUUAUUUAUGAUUUGUAAAACUAUUAUUAAGACAUGUAUUUGGUUUGAUGGUUUCUUGAUAUGUCUGAGACUACGUUCGUACACUUUGUUUAUUUACUUGUUUUAACAAAAUUGUGUGUUUUGAGGCUAAUUAUUUAGUGUUUUAUUGAAUAGGUUGUCAAAUUCUCGUUUUUUUGAUAUAUUAUAUGCCUUGUUAUAUGCCGUACCCGUGUCCCCUAUUUCAGGAUUGCCGUUUUCCCGUGUCCGUAUCGUGUCCGUGUCCGUGUCGGUAUCCGUGCAACAUAGAUA